AUGAUUUCAUUUUUGUUCAAAUUCUAUUUACACGUUACAAACAAUGUACAACAACUCUUUUUAAAACAACGUCCCAUCUCUCAUAGUCAACAAACAUUUGAUACAUCAAAACAGACUCAAUACGUGCAUAAACCAUUCAUUCAUCAUAACGCUUAUAUACAUGCAACUGGUGAAGCGAAAUAUGUUGACGAUCUUCCAUCACAACAAAAUACACUUCAUGGUACAUUAGUACUUAGCAGUAAACCCUAUGCACGUAUUCUAUCAAUCAGCACUGAAGAAGCACAAAAAAUUCCAGGUUUUAUUAAAUUUUAUUCACAUAUUGAUAUACCACCGACAGGACAAAAUAAAUUUGGUGAACUCGUGAAAGAUGAAGAAAUAUUUGCUUCAGAAUUUGUAUAUUGUGUGGGAAUGGUCAUUGGAUUAUGUGUCGCAGAUACUGAAGAACAUGCACGACAAGCUGCAGAAUUAGUUAGAAUUAAAUACGAAGAAUUGAGUCCAGUAAUUUUAUCAAUUGAUGAAGCAAUUAAAUAUGAAAGUUAUUUAGGUUCACCUGAUCAACAAGAAAAAUCAUUACAAGUUGGAAAUAUAGAUCAAGGUCUCCUCGAAUCAGACCAUGUCUUGGAAGGAACAUUUUAUAUUGGCGGUCAAGAACACUUUUAUAUGGAACCAAAUGCUUUUGUUGUGCAACCUGUCAGUGAAGGACACUACACACAAUUACAUGUUUAUUCAACAACACAAGCACCAAGUCAAGUACAAAGAGCAAUCGCAGAAGCAUUAGGUACUAUGUGUUAA